AUGAAUAUUUCUGAUCCAGAGAAAGUGAGCGAAAGUGUCGCUAUUGAUGUCGAGGGCGAAAAGAGUUAUGUCCGCAAGGUGGAUGUCUUCAUUCUGCCUCUUUUAUGCCUGAUGUACUUUUUCGACUGCAUGGACCGGAGCAAUCUGGCAAAUGCAAAAACAGACGGAUUGGAUGAAGAUCUCCAUCUUCAGGGAAAUGACUAUUCUCUGAUGGUUCUUCUCUUCUAUAUUCCAUUUGGUCUCUGUGAUCUGCCAUGGAAUCUGCUGAUCAAACGAUACUCUGGUCGUAUCAUGCUGUCUUUUAGUAAUGCCGGUGAGACAGGAUAUAUGCCUUGUCGAGUGUUAUCUGACCACCAAGUUCCAAAUGUCAUCUGGUUUGAAGAUGCUCUUCGCCACUAUGGUGUCCACAGUUGUAUUCGACUGCAUCUCCUUGUCCCGGAUAUUGACAAGGCGGCCGGGUUUCUCAUCAAUGCGAGAUCGGUGAUUGAUUCAGGACCACAUAGAAUCGGGAAUGCGGAGGACCAAGACUGGAAGUCUCCACUCACAAAUGACUACUCAUCCGAAGACGCGGUGUUGGUUGCAGUCUCACCGCACCAAAAGGUGUCAUUUCUCCCUUUACCAGGCUUACUUGAUGCACCGAUCGAGGAUGCACCGAUCGAGAGCUGGCUGGACUGUGCUAGCGAUGACGCCAUGUUACUGCUUCACCUUGCUUGUCAAAUCUCCUAUCUUUACGCUCAUGCGCCUUCCCUGAAACAGGGAUCAUUUGGCGAGAAGAUGAAACCUGAACACCAGCAGUUCCACUAUGAUGUGCUGGCAGGGAUGGAUACGGGCACUGUUCCGUUUCGACAGCGUCAACGUGCUAUUCGAGAUGCAUUAUUACAGGGCCAGUAUGGACCUUGCCAAUCCUCGGCAUCCCGAGACAAUAAGGACCUUUUUAGUUUGCAAAAUGACGUGCCAAGAUAAGGCAAGGAGCUAUUCCCUUCUGAGUCGGCGGGUAGAAGUAUGUUGCCAUUUCGUUUUAUCAAAAACUUCAGAUGGUGGAAUUGACAUUGACUAUCACACGGGUUCAGAGACGGUAUCCAGGCGGCAUGCAGAAGAUCAUGGAUGGCAUUGGGCCGACCUUCAAGUCAACCCUGGUCGGUUUCUCCAAAAUGUACUCUCGUAGAAUUCAAAUGGAAUUCUUCCAUACAUACCUUUGAUCGGAUUCUUCACGAUAUAGUUUAUACCAUGU